GAAAAUGUAAAUAAAAAACUCGAAAAGAUUUUGAAAAUAGGCAGUCUACCACCUCUGUUCACAACUUUGAGGGUGAACAACCUUCACCUGGAAAGAAAGCAUGCAAUCAAAUUGAUCCAAGAAGCUAUAGAUGAAGAAGAGAGAACAGGAUUGAAGUUUGAAGUUAAGAAUCAUCCUGAGCUAAAUGAUUGCAUCAUAAUUCAGAAUUUUGGACCAUUUAAUGUUGAUACUGUAACUGAGGAGAUUAUUGUUGAUCAUUCAUGUGGUAUGUCUGUUCUCAGAGGUUCUGACAUUUAUUCUACUGGAAUCCUUUCAAUGUCUCCAUAUGUAAAAGUCGGCGAUUUAGUUUCGGUCUACGUGGAUGUGGAGAACAAAUGUCGAAGAGGACUGCUGACGAAAGAUUUCCACGGAAAAAAAUUUUUCAUUGGUAAUGGUGUUGCCAUGGUUACUAGGGCUGCUGUGUUUUGCACUGGUAACAAUAAGCUUAAAGGUAUUGGAGUGAGAAUGAGUGAAUGUAUUUAUAGAUCACCACAACUUUAUGACCUUCUUCCUUCACUCAUUCACCCACAAAACCUUCCAUCCAUCAUUUGCGUUCAUGUUCUCAAUCCAUCUUCGGAUGAUUUGGUGUUGGAUAUGUGUGCUGCUCCAGGUGGGAAGACAAGUCACAUUGCGACUCUAAUGGGGAAUAAGGGAUGUGUAGUUGCACUUGACAAAAACAGGAACAAAACUGAAACAGUUAAGAGGCAUUUAGAAAAGUGGAACAUCUCAAACGUGCAAGUUCAUCAUUGUGAUUCGAGCAAAAACGCCAGGCAAAGAAACGCCAAAAUUUUGAAAUUCAAAAGAGAAUCAUUCGACAAAAUUCUACUUGAUGCUCCGUGCAGCGGCUUAGGACAGCGUCCAUCCAUCAUCAACGACAUCACAUCUUCUCAAUUAUCUUCCUAUCCACAACUUCAGAUGCAACUCUUUGAAACUGCAGUCCAGUUACUGAAGAAGGGGGGCACUAUGGUGUACAGCACCUGCACGACGAACAUCUACGAGAAUGAGUCCAUCACCGCCUGGGCUCUACAGAAGUUCAAAAAUCUGAAACUCGUGAAGCAGGAUCCUCACUUAGGAAGCAGUGGAUGGAUUGUUGAAGGACUGACUGAAGAACAAACUCGUUUAUUGCAACGAUUCGAUCCAUCCAUCUUGCUCGAUCAUGAUAAUGAUGAUGAUUUACAGGAUCAUCAUCAGGAUAACGAAGACUAUUAUUACCUUCAUCAUAGUGAACGAUACGAUAUUGACACCAUAGGAUUUUUCAUAGCGAAAUUUACGAAGCUGUAG